AUGAGGACGCUCGAUGACGCUCAGACACGAUGGGCCGAGACAGUGAAGUAUGCAGGGAAUCUGUCAGACUUGCAACAUGCAGUCAAGUAUAACGGGCCUUCGAGCCCGUGCGUUUCGGGACUCCGGUCAGUUUGUUGGAAGGCAUUCCUGCUGAUGCAAGAUGACCCAACAUCAGGCUGGCUGUAUCGAAUCUCCGAAUCUCGAAGCUACUAUUCUGAAAGACGGGAUCACUUCUUGAAGUUCAUCAAGCAUCCUGGGGAGCUGGCCAAGGUUGCUAUUGAUCCGUUGACGGACGAUCCAAAGUCACCGUGGAAUACUGUUCGACAGGACGAAAUAAUCAGGGCUGAGAUCGCGCAAGAUGUUCGCCGGUUGCCUGAUGAACCAUUCUAUCAUGAAGAACAAACACAGACCAUGAUUAUCGAUGCCUUGUUCAUGUACUGUAAGCUUCACCCCAAUAGCGGCGGCUAUCGUCAGGGCAUGCAUGAACUUCUGGCGCCCAUCGCCUUUGUUGUCAACAAAGACGCGCUUGAUCGCGCGGUUAUCUCAUCCAACGGCACUAUCGUCGACGAGACGAUGCUCGGCAUGCUCGACUCGUCCUUCGUUGAGCAUGAUGCAUUUGCCUUGUUCUCCAAGAUUAUGGAGAAGGCAAGGGCGUUUUAUGAAGUCCAAGACUCAAUCUCAAAGGCAGCAAUGGCGUCCGCUUCAAAGGACCGCGUGGAAACUUCAGCCAUCGUUGAGAAGAGCAAGUAUAUCCAUGAGGUUUGCUUGGCCAAGGUCGAUCCCGAGCUGGCCAACCACCUUAAAGACAUUGAGAUUCUGCCACAGAUCUUCUUGAUCCGUUGGAUUCGUCUGCUCUUUGGUCGCGAGUUUCCGUUUGAUGAAAUGCUCGUGUUGUGGGAUACUCUCUUUGCGGUCGAUCCGUCUCUCAGCCUGAUAGACCUAAUCUGUGUCGCUAUGCUUCUUCGCAUCCGAUGGAGUUUGCUCGAGGCGGACUACUCUGUCUGUUUGCAGCUGCUUCUCAAAUAUCCCGCACCAGAAGCCCCACACGGACCGCAUACAUUCGUAGAUGAUGCAGUAUAUCUGAGGACACACCUCAAUGUCUCCGGUGGUGUUUCACUCCUCUUGAAGUACACCGGGAAAAUGCCCAGCGCGACACAAUCUGCCAGUAGUUCGCGGCCCACGACACCAAUGGGCCAAGCUUUCUCGUCUUUUAGAAACCGGACCAAGGGUGGUCAUUCGCCAAUGCCAUCUGCGAGUAGGUUUAUCCAGCAGCAGGGUGGCGUGGAGGCACUUUUCCAAGGUGCCGCCAAAAGUGUAUUGGAGCGAGGCGAAAAGCUCGGCAUUAACCAAGCUGUACGAGACGCCAUGGGCGAUAUCAAAAGAAACAUGCAGGGGCUGAAUGAAGUACGCUAUCCCCCCCGAAUGGCGAGGCAACUCCUAGGCGACGACUCGGCGGCACAAGCCAUUGCUGCCAUAGAGCAACGGAAUAAACUACUGGCAAACAUGCUAGACGAGACAGUGACAAGUCUCAGAUCUUUGGCUACUACUAUUCUAGAAGACAAGGUCAAGACACUGGAGAUUGUUGAGGUAGCGGCCGCCAAGGUGCAAUUCGUAAAGGUUUACUUGGAAGACCCGACCAUCGAAGUACCAAAUCUCGAAGGCUUUACCAGUCCACCACCGGAGGAGGCGAACAACAAUACCCUGAUGGAGAUAGAACCAAAUGACAGUGCUGUGCUAGGGGCCGCCGUUGCUGCAGAGAGUGUGGCAGGCGUGAUAUCAACGUUGUCUCUGGCAGAUCAAGAGAAGCCAAAAUCCCCGACCUCGGGAACAGCCAUUCCUGACGCAACGGACAUUACACAAGAGGCCCCAGCAGACAAACCAGCCGAGCAUCCAUCAGCUGUGGUAUCAAGCUCGAAAACAGGCGCGCCUCAGGUGAAGGUGAGGCCAUUGGAACGACCUCAGCCGCCAAUCCCAACACGAUCAACCCUCGCCCAGUCUUCCUUCUCCUGGAUGCUCGAGCCGGACCAAUCCGCCCAGACGGCAUCACCACCCAAGUUGCCGAAGUCGAGCUCUGGAGGGGCGCACCGCAAGAAGCCAUCUGGAAAUAUCAGCAGGGAGCGUAAUGCUUUCCUAUUUGGCGAGGUCGUCGCUGACUCCGACGACCAGACUAAGCCGAUCAAAUCUGACGACAUAUUUGGACUACAGCCCAUGGACAAGCCCAAGUCUCCCUUUGCGUGA